GAAGGUCCGAAGGCGAAGCCUGGGGCUGCACUGGGCGUGGGUCGGCCGCAAUCCAGCCCGGGCGGAGCCGGAGCUGCGAGCCGCUGCCUAGAGGCCGAGGAGCUCACAGCUAUGGGCUGGAGGCCCCGGAGAACUCGGGGGACCCGGUUGCUGCUGCUGCUACUACUGCUGCUGCUCUGGCCAGUGCCGAGCGCCGGGGUGCUUCAAGGACAUAUCCCUGGGCAGCCAGUCACCCCCCACUGGGUCCUGGAUGGACGACCCUGGCACGCCGUCAGUCUGGAGGAGCCGGUCCCGAAGCCAGACGUGGGGCUGGUGGCCCUGGAGGCUGAAGGCCAGGAGCUCCUGCUUGAGCUGGAGAAGAACCACAGGCUGCUGGCCCCAGGAUACAUAGAAACUCACUACGGCCCAGAUGGGCAGCCAGUGGUGCUGGCCCCCAACCACACGGAUCAUUGCCACUACCAAGGGCGAGUAAGGGGCUUCCCCGACUCCUGGGUAGUCCUCUGCACCUGCUCUGGGAUGAGUGGCCUGAUCACCCUCAGCAGCAAUGCCAGCUAUUAUCUGCGUCCCUGGCCAUCCCAGGGCUCCAAGGACUUCUCAACCCACAAGAUCUUCCGGAUGCAGCAGCUGCUCACCUGGAAAGGAGCCUGUGGCCACAGGGAUCCUGGGGACAAAGCGGGCAUGACCAGCCUUCCUGGUGCUCCCCAGAGCAGGGACAGGCGAGAAGCGCGCAGAACCCGGAAGUACCUGGAACUGUACAUUGUGGCAGACCACGCCCUGUUCUUGACUCGGCACCGAAACUUGAACUACACCAAACAGCGUCUCCUGGAAGUCGCCAACUACGUGGACCAGCUUCUCAGGACUCUGGACAUUCAGGUGGUGCUGACCGGCCUGGAAGUGUGGACCGAGCGGGACCGCAGCCGAGUCACGCAGGACGCCAACGCCACGCUCUGGGCCUUCCUGCAGUGGCGCCGGGGACUGUGGGCGCAGCGGCCCCACGACUCCGCGCAGCUGCUCACGGGCCGCGCCUUCCAGGGCGCCACAGUGGGCCUGGCGCCCGUCGAGGGCAUGUGCCGCGCCGAGAGCUCGGGAGGCGUGAGCACGGACCACUCGGAGCUCCCCAUUGGCGCCGCAGCCACCAUGGCCCAUGAGAUUGGCCACAGCCUCGGCCUCAGCCACGACCCCGACGGCUGCUGCGUGGAGGCUGCGGCCGAGUCCGGAGGCUGCGUCAUGGCUGCGGCCACCGGGCACCCGUUUCCGCGCGUGUUCAGCGCCUGCAGCCGCCGCCAGCUGCGCGCCUUCUUCCGCAAGGGGGGCGGCGCGUGCCUCUCCAAUGCCCCGGACCCCGGACUCCCGGUGCUUCCGGCGCUCUGCGGGAACGGCUUCGUGGAGGCGGGCGAGGAGUGUGACUGCGGCUCUGGCCAGGAGUGCCGCGACCUCUGCUGCUUUGCUCACAACUGCUCGCUGCGCCCGGGGGCCCAGUGCGCCCACGGGGACUGCUGCACGCACUGCCUGCUGAAGCCGGCUGGAGCGCUGUGCCGCCAGGCCAUGGGCGACUGUGACCUCCCUGAGUUCUGCACGGGCACCUCCUCCCACUGUCCCCCGGACGUUUACCUACUGGACGGCUCACCCUGUGCCAGGGGCAGUGGCUACUGCUGGGAUGGCGCAUGUCCCACGCUGGAGCAGCAGUGCCAGCAGCUCUGGGGGCCUGGGUCCCAUCCAGCUCCCGAGGCCUGUUUCCAGGUGGUGAACUCUGCGGGAGAUGCCCAUGGAAACUGCGGCCAGGACAGCGAGGGCCACUUCCUGCCCUGUGCAGGGAGGGAUGCCCUGUGUGGGAAGCUGCAGUGCCAGGGCGGAAAGCCCAGCCUGCUUGCACCACACAUGGUGCCAGUGGACUCCAUCGUUCACCUAGAUGGUCAUGAAGUGACCUGUCGGGGAGCCUUGGCACUCCCCAGUGCCCAGCUGGACCUGCUUGGCCUGGGCCUGGUAGAGCCAGGCACCCAGUGUGGACCUAGAAUGGUGUGCCAGAGCAGGCGCUGCAGGAAGACUGCCUUCCAGGAGCUUCAGCGCUGCCUGACUGCCUGCCACAGCCACGGGGUUUGCAAUAGCAACCAUAACUGCCACUGUGCUCCAGGCUGGGCUCCACCCUUCUGUGACAAGCCAGGCUUUGGUGGCAGCAUGGACAGUGGCCCUGUGCAGGCUGAAAACCAUGACACCUUCCUGCUGGCCAUGCUCCUCAGCGUCCUGCUGCCUCUGCUCCCAGGGGCCGGCCUGGCCUGGUGUUGCUACCGACUCCCAGGAGCCCAUCUGCAGCGAUGCAGCUGGGGCUGCAGGAGGGACCCUGCGUGCAGUGGGCCCAAAGAUGGCCCACACAGGGACCACCCCCUGGGUGGCGAUCACCCCAUGGAGUUGGGCCCCACAGCCACUGGACAGCCCUGGCCCCUGGACCCUGAGAACUCUCAUGAGCCCAGCAGCCACCCUGAGAAGCCUCUGCCGGCAGUCUCACCUGACCCCCAAGCAGAUCAAGUCCAGAUGCCAAGAUCCUGCCUCUGGUGAGAGGUAGCUCCUGAAAUGAACAGAUUUAAAGACAGGUGGCCACUGACAGCCACUCCAGGAACUUGAACUCCAGGGGCAGAGCCAGUGAAUCACCGGACCUCCAGCACCUUCAGGCAGCUUGGAAGUUUCGUCCCCGAGUGGAGCUCCGACCCACCCACUCCAGGAACCCAGAGCCACAUUAGAAGCUCCUGAGGGCUGGGGGACACUGCUGGGCACACUCUCCAGCUCAAUAAACCAUCAGUCCCAGAAGCAAACGUCACACAGCCCCUGACCUCCCUCACCAGUGGAGGCUGGGUAGUGCUGGCCACCCCAAAAGGGCUCUGUCCUGGGAGCCUGGUGUGUCUCCUACAUGCAAUUUCCACAGACCCAGCUCUGUGGAGGGCAUGACUGCUGGCCAGAAGCUAGAGGUCCUGGGGCCCUAUGGUUCGACUGGGUCCACACUCCCCAGGAGCCUGGCCUCUGCAAACAAACAUACUUUUGGGGACCUUCCUUCCUGUUUCUUCCCACAUGUCUUCUCCCCUAGGUGGUUCCUGAGCCCCCACCCCCAAUCCCAGUGCUGCACCUGAGGUUCUGGAGCUCAGAAUCUGACAGCCUCUCCCCAUUCUGUGUGUGGGAGGGGACAGAGGGAACCAUUUAAGAUACCAAAGUAGAAGUCAAAAGAAAGACAUGUUGGCUAUAGGCGUGGUGGCUCAUGCCUAUAGUCCCAGCACUUUGGGAAGCCGGGCUAGGAGGAUCAGUAGAGGCCAGGAGGUCCACACCAGCCUGGGCAACAUAGCAAGACCCUGUAUCUACAAAAAAGUUUUAAAAUUAGCUGGGCAUGGUGGUGUGUACCUGUAGGCCUAGCUGCUCAGGAGGCUGAAGCAGGAGGAUCACGUGAGCCUGAGUUCAACACUGCAGUGAGCUAUGAUGGCACCACUGCACUCCAGCCUGGGUGACAGAGCAAGACCCUGUCUCUAAAAUAAAUUUUAAAAAGAC